AUGAAGUAUGUCGAAGUACGUUCAUGGGACGAGCAUACAAAAUACCGACGAUAUUAUGCAGCAUUGAAACUUGAAAGCUGCAUUGAGAAUCUCAAGGUUGUCUUCUUCACACGGUUCGGUAUGCAGUCAGCUUUGAACAAAUCCGAGGUGUUUUCACAGCCGACAGCCGUAAACUCUGACACUCCGGAGCAUGUUACAAUUGAUUUAUCGCUGUUUCGUGCAUUACUCUUGCUGGUCGUUAUAUGCAUUUUAUAUCCUCUGAGACGGUCGUCAUUUAAUCUCCAAAAGAGACUUCGUUUCGUAUGGCAUGCUUGCAUCGCAUUGAAUGGCGGCCGAGAACAUCAUGAACGAAUCGACAAAUUCUACAAGGGCCAGGCGGACAUAUACGAUGACACAAGGAAGAAUCUCUUGAGGGGAAGGAGAACCAUGCUCCGCCUUUCUGCGGCCCAUCUUCUGGACAGCCGUAAAUCCUCCGCUAAAAGGCCGUUCAUCUGGAUUGACAUCGGCGGUGGCACGGGAUUCAAUAUCGAGGUAAUGAACGAAUUCAUAAGCAUUGAUUCCUUCGAUGCCGUGUAUCUCGUCGAUAUAUGCGAGCCUCUGCUUGAGAUUGCUAGGAAGCGGAUCGCAGCGCACGGCUGGAAAAAUGUCCAUGUCCUCCACCAGGAUGCGGCUUCUUUCGUUGUGCCAGAGGAGGAAGCAUCAGCUAGUCUUAUUACAUUUAGCUAUUCUUUGUCUAUGAUUCCAAUCUUCUAUACCGUUUUGGACAGAGUUGCCUGCCUCCUUUCGCCUGAGAAUGGACUACUUUCGGUAGUCGACUUCUAUACUUCGGGAAGCUCCCAUCAGCCUUCCCCCACGGAUGUUGACAGAGCAUGUAACUGGCUAUCACGAUGGUUCUGGCAAAUUUGGUUUGAUUUCGAUGAUGUCAUACUGGGUCCUCAACGUAGAGAAUACUUGGAACAUAAGUUCGAGACUUUCAAAGUCUAUAACGGCCGAAAUGAGGUUCUGCGACCUCUGCCUAUCCACAUCCCGUAUUACAUCUGGCUUGGUUGUUCAAGACAUGUUGUCCCACUAGAUAUCAAGCAGCGAGGCCCAUCUGAGUCACUAUUCUGCAAUGCACCGUGUCGAGUUCCGUAUAAGCCUUCACCUAUCCAUGAAGAAAUCAACACGUUCUUGUAUUCAUUUACUUGGGAGGAUCCAUUCAAAGAUAUGCAAUAUCUGGAGGCGAGCGCGAGUGAUUCACUUCUUGUCAUCACGUCCGCAGGCGACAACGCACUCCAUUAUGCGCUUAAGGCUAACUUACAGACUAUACAUUGCGUCGACAUGAAUCCUUGCCAAGGUCACCUUCUCGAGUUGAAGAUUGCCGCGCUUAAGGCACUUCCGUUUGAGUCUUUCUACAAGAUGUUUGGGUUAGGGUACAUUGAAUCGUUCGAUCAGAUCCUUGAUUUGCAGUUGUCUCCCUUACUCUCCGCCCCGUGCUACCAGUUCUGGAAGGCAAACUCGCGAAUGUUCGCGCCGUCUUCAUCACUUUACAUGUACGGGUAUUCGGGAUUUGCUCUACGCUUGGUUAGAGCACUUUUUAGGCUUGCUGGACGCCGCAAGGAUGUGUUGCGCAUGUGCAGCACAACCUCGAUUGAGGAGCAGAACAAGAUCUGGCAUGAGCGUGUCCGACCUGUCAUACUAAACUCACUGACCUUGCGUCUCUUAAACAAUCCGGUGUUCUGUUGGCGUGCACUCGGUGUCCCACGAAACCAGCGAAACAUGUUGUUGACCGAGGGAACAGCGUUUGAAUAUAUCAGAGAUACUCUAGAUCCGGUAGCAACGUCGGAGCUUUUCAGUGACGGGGCCUAUCAUUAUCUACUAACACUGCUGGGAAGUUAUACCCCGACUUCGUGUCCUUCGUACCUCACACGAGAAGGUUUCGACACCCUGAAAGCUAACGACUGCGAGACCGUGCAUCCGAUCAAAAUCCACACAGAGACAAUCUCGGGGUGUUUGGAGAGCAUGACACCAUCAUCACUUACCAGAGCGAUUCUGAUGGACCACCUGGACUGGUUUGCUGAAGAGAGUAAAGAAGUUACUGAGGAAAUCGACCUUUUAUAUAAAGUCCUUAAGCCCGGAGGAUUCAUUCUCCUGCGUUCAGCUGCCAGAGUCCCGUGGUAUAUUAAGAGGUUCUCCUCGGUUGGUUUUGAGACAAGAUGUUUGAACGUCCGUCGGCCCGGUAGUAAAGUAGCGCUUGAUCGGGUCAAUAUGUAG